CACCGACUCGGAAACGUUUCGCAACAUCGCCGGGGCCGAGCUGGAGUUCCCCGACGAGCUGUUCGAUGACGUGUCCGAGUCGGCCAAGGACUUCAUCCGGCGAUGUCUGCCCAAGCAGCCCAGGGACCGCAUGACCGCCAGACAAUCGCUGGCCCACCGCUGGCUGCAACGUCCACCCACCUUGACCCCUCCGGAACCUGGCAUCACCCCGGCCGACGACAGCACCGAAGACCUGUCGAAAGUCAACAACUCGCCGAGGAACCUGCGCCGAUCUAUCUCCAAGAGCCGCGAAGUGCUCUCCGUCAAGGUCAGCAAGGGCAACCUGAAGAAGAACAUCUCUAAGUCACGGGAGCGACUGUGUGACCUCAAGUUCAGCCUUCCGAAGAGCCCGGACCAGUUCCCGUCCUGUCUCCGAGCUAGUACGUCCCGGCUUGCGGACGGAUCAGGCGGCAGGCCGCCGUGGAAAGGUGCCGGCGCCGGCGGGCCCACGAGCAGCGUCUCCACCUCGGCCAUGGACCGGGUCAACACGUUCAAGGUGCGGGACCAGUACCAGAGCCAGGUGGCGGCCAUUCUGAGCGGCAGCUGCCAGAGCCUGGACGGUGGCCCACCGCCGUUCGUGCGCCACAACAGCCUGCGCGGCCGCCGGAAGAGCUCAGCACAGAGCGGCGAGCCGGCCAACCUCCGGUCGUCACUGCGACGCACCAGGAACAAGGAGGGCGCUCUGAACCGGAAACACAGCACCCAGGCGGAGGACUGCAAGCUGGCGCCAGACAGCGACAAGAACAAGGAGCUGGGCAAGCGGUCCGUGUCGUCUCAUGAUGGGUCUGAGUCGAUCUUGCGCACUGAACGUCAGAGGCGCAGUUCAAGGAACGAACGGCUAACUUCUGUUGAGGAAAAGAAUACGCGAGAAGCUGUGGUUGAAACUCUUCAUGGUGAAAAUGGCAUGGUCGCGAAAUUAAAUAAUGACCAAAGCAAGGGCAUGGAAUCAAAUUCAACGAAAACAAAUUGCAAGACUAGGGUGGACGAUGACGACGAAAAAGAUGGCAUACAAUCCACCUCAGCUCCUACCCACGUAUUAGAAGAAUAUUUUGGUCCGGAAGGAACCGAACAGUCUUGUGUCUCAAAGAGUGAAAUUGGUGAUGCAUUUCUGUGCAGCACUGAUUCUCAGUGUAAUCGAAUCGCAAUGUAAAACUAAUGAAACUGGAACCCAACUUCAGCCCCACGGCACUGUUCACGGGGACGUCAGCUUGAACGACAGCGCCACCCAGGUAGAUUCAUCCCCCAGCCAGUCAUCAGAGGGCGGUGAAACACAGUCAGCUGAAGCGAAGAAAAAGUCACCAUCAAUGCCCACCAGCAAAACUUCACCGUCCAGGCGUUCCUGUGGGCCUGCGCCGACCAACGCAGCCCACGUCGGGUCACGCGACAGACGGACAGUCAGCCCGAGAAGACGAGCGAAUGCGUCCAGCGGCGCGCGCCAGUCGGUGCUAGAGCGCAGGAACACGGUGGCCACCCUGCCAACUCCGGUCGCCCCUGUGACGUCACUCCGUCGACAGGCGUCGCUGGACAGGCAGGAGCGCGGCGUCAACACCGUCACGGCCUCCACCUGCGAGCGAGCCGUCAACACGGACGCCGUCCGAUUGGCGGCCAUCAUAGACGAGGACGUGGUCUGGGAGCAGACGCAGGCGCUCGGGCCUCGCACUGUGCGCGGCCGGCCGGCCCUCGAACUGCCCCGCUCGCCGCCCACCCGACAGCGGCGCGAGUCGAGCGAGCGCAAACUGCGCGAGCCGAUCUUCGAGCGAUCAGCUCCGCUGCGCUCCAGCCGGCGCGACUCGUCCCGGCAGCAGAGGUCGCCUCAGCCGGCCACCUCCCGCGCCAGCUCCACCGACGGCGGACGCCGCUGGCGCAAGGCCUCGGCCGACGAGGACGGCAGGGCGCUCCGCAAGUCCUCCACUGACGAGGACGUGCGCCGAUUGGCUGUCCUUUCGGGGGUCAGGAUUGGGGGCUUCGGGGACAGGAAGUGGACGGGCUCUACCGAGAGUGGCAGGUGUCCCCGCAAACCCUCUGUGGACGAGGACGGAAAGCGUCUCCGCAAGUCCUCCACUGACGAGGACAUACAACGGCUGGCGGCUUUACCCUCGGGAGUAAAAAGCGAGAAAAGGACGAGCCCCACUGAAGGGGCCAGGAGUGCGCGCAAACUCUCGACGGACGAAGACGGUAGGCGCCUACGGAAGUCCUCAACCGACGAGGAUGUGCGACGGCUGGCGUCCCUGUUCGACGCUCGAGAGGAGAAGAGAGCGCCCCCGAUCGCGGAGAAGAGGACGGCACCAUUCCACCGACGCUCCAGCUCCCUGACCAGCGACUUGGGCAGCAGCGAGGUGUCCAGCGACGCCGGCAGCGAGUCGUACAACAUCGUAUCCUGGGAGGAGAAGGCCGAGCCGUCGGCCGGCGGCGGGCGGACC